AUGGCUGAAUUUGAGAUGUCUGAUCUUGGCAUGAUGCAUCAUUUUCUUGGCAUGAUGCAUUAUUUUCUUGGCAUUGAAGUGAUGCAAUCUUCUACUGGAAUUUUUAUUUCUCAAAAGAAGUAUGUGGGAGAAAUCUUGGAUAGGAUUCAGAUGAAGGAUUGUAAUCCUGUAAAUACUCCAUCUGAGUUUGAGAUUCAUCUCUUGGUUGCAAAAAGAAUUUUUCAGUACUUGCAAGGUACUAAGGAGUUUGGGUUGUUCUACAAGAAUGGAGAAAAAUCAGAUUUGUUUGGCUUUACAUAUAGUGAUUAUGCAGGAGAUCUAGAUGAUCGAAAAAGCACAUUUGGGUACGUUUUCAUGAUGGAGACUGGAGUUGUUUCAUGGUCAUCAAAAAAGCAACCUAUUGUCACAUUAUCAUCCAUUGAAGCUGAAUUUGUUGCUGCAACAACUUGUGCUUUUCAAGCUAUUUGGUUAAAGAAAAUCCUUAAAGAGCUGCAUUUCAAAGAGAAGAGACUUACUCAGAUUUAUUAUGACAACAAUUCAACCAUAAAGCUUUCAACAAAAAUCCAGUUUUACAUGGUCGAAGCAAACAUAUAG